UUCUGACACCUUUUCAAACAGGAAGUAGAUGACAGGGUUCAUGGUGCUUUAAUAACGUUUCUGUUUCUGCAAAGUUUAGUAUAUUAGAGCGAAUUUGGAUCGAUCUGGAUGUUGAGUGUGCGGGCUCUGUUUGGGAUCGGGUUUCUGGUGACCUCACGUGCCAUACCAGUUUUUUCUCAGACAGGGACCUGUUCAGGGUCCUCUGCAGUCAGGAACCACAGGAAGGAGUGUUUCAGUAGCAGAGCAGCGUCCACCAUGGCUCAGACCAUCAGAUAUCUUGGGCAGGAGGAGGCCCAGCACAUAGACGAGGAGCUCUUCAGUGAGUACGGCUUCAGUGUGGACCAGCUGAUGGAGCUGGCUGGGCUCAGCUGUGCCACAGCCGUCUCCAGGGCAUAUCCCAUCAGUUCCCUGGUCAAAGACAGACCAACACUGCUGGUGAUUUGUGGACCAGGAAACAACGGUGGUGAUGGUCUCGUCUGUGCAAGACAUCUGAAACUCUUUGGUUAUGAGCCCACCAUCCUGUAUCCAAAGCGGCCAAACAAACUGCUGUUUCAGGGUCUGACCACACAGUGCCAGAAAAUGGAAAUCCCUUUUCUGACUGAGAUGCCUGAGGCAGAUGUGAUUGAUGAAGCCUAUAACCUGGUGAUAGACGCCAUCUUUGGCUUCAGCUUCAAGGGUGCGGUGCGAGAGCCUUUUGGCGCCAUCCUGAACGUGCUUAAGAAGACCACAGUCCCCAUCGCCAGUAUCGACAUCCCCUCAGGUUGGGAUGUGGAGCACGGCAGCGCAGACGGACUCCAGCCCGACAUGCUCAUUUCUCUGACUGCACCCAAGAAGUCGGCGUCUUUGUUCCAAGGACGCUUCCACUUCCUGGGAGGUCGCUUUGUGCCACCUGGUCUGCAAAAAAAGUACCAACUUAACCUGCCUCAGUACCCAGGAACAGAUUGUGUGUUACAGCUGUAGGUUUGUGUUCAAAGAGGGUUUUUGGUAAUUAGCAGAAAGCCCUGAAGUGUGAUUGGUUUGGUUUUGUUUGACUGCUUGGCGGCGGUAUAGAUCUCAAAGAUGGGAUGUGAACCAUGUAGGUAGGGUUUUAUAAUGGAGCCUUUUUAGCUCUCUAGAAAUGUUUGUGAAAAUGUCCAACAAUAAGCUUCACCUGUAGGUUUCUCAACUGCCAGAAAAUUUGAAAACACAUGAAUUGGUAGUGUUCUGUUUUUAUGUAUGCUGAGUGGGUUCCAGUUCAGCCUUUGUGCUCAUUUGUUGUUGGCAGGCAGGACAACUCAGAUUUAACUAUUGACUUUAAGGAAAAUUGGGGAAAUAUUCUCUUGUUUUAAUUACCAAAGAAUUUUGAAAGGGGACAGUGUAGUGUUUGGGACUUUGACCUCACACACACCAGCUCUGUCAGUGCCCAUAUCAUCGUUUCCAUUUUGAAUGCUCUCCCCAUGUCUCCAUGCACUUUCCCUGGGUACACCCCAUCAUUAGCAACAUGCACACUAGCAGGCAUGUAUAUAAUUAUUGCUCAUGGUGCUCACGCAUGCUCAGAAAUGAUGCAUGACAGAAAACAUGGAGGGAAUGCGUUCAUACAGUCUGUUUUCAUUGCUUUCCUCAUAAAAAGUGCUUCUCUGUUUUUUGCUGUGCGCACCAUGAGCACCAGUUAUGUGCACACCUGCACAUGAACAGGAGCAGCUAAAGGGAGAAAAUAAAUCAUUCAAAACAAUUUAGUGUACUCUGAGAGGUAACUGAAUGAUGUUACUGGUGUACUCCGGAAAAUAGUCAUCACUGAGUUAAAAAAAAAAAAAAUCUGACUAAACUGUAAUGUGUCCUCAGAUGUUUUUGGUGACCUCUUUUUCAGGUUGCAGCCCACAGUUUGAACCACUUAAAAAAAAAA